UGGUCCUUUGGCUCUCAGUAUUGAUCACAGUUCACACCUGCAGUGAAGCCCCUCCUACAACAAUUCACCUGAGAACAAUUCAUACUGGGAAUAUUCACAUAAUCCUACAAGAGAAGGACAAACUCCAGGUGCAGCAGCUGAAAUCUGUGUGACUGUUAAAGAUGGAGUUUGUUAAAGAGGAGAUUGACGACAUGAGUGUUUCAGAACCAUCCAGAAUAAAACAUGAAGAUACUGAGGAACAAACAAACUGGAUGGAAGUAAAACAGCAAAGACAUGAGGUGAAUGAAGUGGAGGAGGAACCUAAGAAUUCAACCAAACAGCUUCACACCUGCUCACAGUGUGGAAAGAGUUUCAGACUAAAAGGAAUCCUUAAACAGCACAUGAGGAUCCACACUGGAGAGAAACCGUACACAUGCCCUCAGUGUGGGAAGAGUUUCAGACAAAAAGGAGUCCUUAAGAAGCACAUGAGAAUCCACACUGGAGAGAAACCAUACACAUGCACUCAGUGUGGAAAGAGUUUCAGACAAAAAGGAGUCCUUAAGAAGCACAUAAGAAUCCACACUGGAGAGAAACCAUACAUAUGUCCUCAGUGUGGGAAGAGUUUUGCUGCAGCAUCAGGUCUCAGUUAUCAUCUGCACGUUCACUCUGGAGAAAAGCCUUUUAACUGUGAUCAGUGUGGUAAAAAGUUUAUUUCUUCAUCAAAUCUAAAAAAACACCUGACAGUUCAUUCAGAUGAGAAGCCUCAUGUGUGUUCGUACUGUGGAAAGAGUUUUUCACGGCUGGCCAGUUAUAAACAGCACCAGAAAACACAUGAUGAAGUGAGAGAUCAUGUGUGUUGUGAGUGUGGGAAGAGCUUUACUAGAGCUGUCUAUCUGAAACAGCACCGAAGGAUUCAUACUGGAGAAAAACCUUACAAGUGCUCAUAUUGUGGCAAGAGUUUCAAUCAGUCUGGAAGCCUAAAAAAACAUGAGCGAGUUCAUUCUGGAGAGAAACCGUACCACUGUACUCGGUGUGGAGAGAGUUUUAAACAUUCAAACUCUUUCAAGAAUCACAUGAGGAUCCACACUGGAGAGAAACCGUACACAUGCUCUCAGUGUGGAAAGAGUUUCAGACAAAAGGGAGUCCUUAAGAAGCACAUAAUAAUCCACACUGGAGAGAAACCAUACACAUGUCCUCAGUGUGGAAAGAGUUAUACUGAUGCAUCAGGUCUCCGUUAUCAUCUGCACAUUCGCUCUGGAGAAAAGCCUUUUAACUGUGAUCAGUGUGGUAAAAAGUUUAUUUCUUCAUCAAAUCUAAAAAAACACCUGACAGUUCAUUCAGAUGAGAAGCCUCAUGUGUGUUCGUACUGUGGAAAGAGUUUUUCACGGCUGACCAGUUAUAAACGGCACCAGAAAACACAUGACGAAGUGCGAGAUCACAUGUGUGAGUGUGGGAAGAGCUUUACUAGAGCUGAUCAUCUGAAACAUCACCAAAGAAUUCAUACUGGAGAAAAACCUUACAAGUGCUCAUAUUGUGACAAGAGUUUCCCUGAAUCUGGAAAUCUGAAAACACAUAAGAGAGUUCAUACUGGAGAGAAACCGUACCACUGUACUCAGUGUGGAAAGAGUUUCACUCAGAGUUUUGCUGAUGCAUCUGGUCUCAGUUAUCAUCUGCACAUUCACUCUGGAGAAAAGCCAUUUAGCUGUGAUCAGUGUGGAAAAGAUUUUAUUUCGCCAUCAAAUCUAAAGAACCAUCUGAAAGUUCAUUCAGAUGAGAAGCCUCAAUUUAUUUCUUCAUCACAUCUAAAGGAACACCUGACAGUUCAUUCAGAUGAGAAGCCUCAUGUGUGUUCUUACUGUGGAAAUUCUCCUGCAUAA